AUGGAAAUCGAACAUGUAUCGUCUGGUUCGAGUGUCUGCUUCAUCUCCUCCUUCUUUGGUGAACUUCGUCAAUAUGCUCUAAGAUUUUUGUGGUUCGGUUGGCGGGCUUUGAAAUGGGGGAAUACUCCACUUGAUGAAGCAAAAUUAUCUGGAAACAAAAUAUUGAUGAAAUUAUUAGAAGAAAGAAAGUCUUUUCAUAUGUCAGAAUUUCCUUCAUGUUCUCAAGAAACAAGAGAUAAAAUGUUACCAAAGAAAUGUACAAUAUACACGUUUCAACCAUGGGAACAAAAAGAUGAAAGAAAAUCUGGAGUUGUGUUGUGGGUCUUGGACACCAUUGACGAACUCAUGAAAACAACAACUGAGCAUUUGAAGUUGGAGAUUGUAUUGGGGUUUGUAGGGUAUUUAAAUUGUAGGCGUUUUUCAGGUGAAGAUGUUGACCUCAUAACCGUAGGCCACUGCUCAAAAGAAAUUCCCUUGAUGGAGACUAUAUGUUUCCAAGAAAACCCACAAAUUUCAAGAGAUAAAUUCCUUCAGUUUUUGAGUAAAUCAGACAAGUUUGUGGUGUUUCCUGCUAAUUUAAGUUUUCUAGGCUUCGAAGAACAUAUUGGUAGAGGCGCUUUUGGAGCUGCUUUUCUUGUUCUCCAUAAGAUUGAAAAAAAGAAGUAUGUCAUGAAGAAGAUUAGGUUGAAUAAACAAACUGAGAAGUUUAAGAAAACAGCGCAUCAAGAGAUGGAUUUGAUAUCACGACUUAAUCAUCCAUAUGUUGUGGAGUACAAGGAUGCUUGGGUGGAUAAGGCGGGAAUAUGCAUAGUGACUGCUUAUUGUGAAGGAGGAGACAUAGCCGAGCUUGUACGAAAGGCUAGAGGAGCAUAUUUCCCGGAAGAGAAACUCUGCAAAUGGCUAACACAACUAUUAUUGGCAUUGGAUUACUUGCAUACGAAUCGUGUCCUUCAUAGGGAUUUGAAGUGUUCCAACAUAUUCCUCACAAAGGAGAACGAUAUCCGUCUUGGUGACUUUGGACUUGCAAAACUUCUCAAUUCAGAAGACCUUGCUUCCUCGGUUGUGGGCACACCCAACUAUAUGUGUCCAGAACUCCUUGCAGACAUUCCUUAUGGCUAUAAAUCUGAUAUUUGGUCACUUGGUUGUUGCAUGUUUGAAAUUUGUGCACAUCAACAACCAUUUCGAGCUCCCGAUAUGUCGGGACUUAUCAACAAAAUAAACAGAUCCACGAUUUCUCCUCUCCCCAUCGUAUAUUCUUCAACAUUGAAACAGAUCAUAAAAACCAUGUUAAGGAAAAGUCCGGAACAUAGACCAACAGCGGCGGAACUGCUAAGACACCCACACUUACAACAUUACCUCCUAAAGUGUCACAACCCGUCUUCUGUAUUUCUACCCGUGAAGCCUCCAAAUAGCCCAAAAGACAACAAAACUCCAAAAAAACAUUCUCCCAUGAAACAAAACGACACAAAAGAAAAAGAACGUGAUGUACAAGUCCUUAAGCAGAAAGUACAAGUCACAAACGAAAACGCUGAGAUCCCGGUUAGAAGUUUACACAACAACCCGAUAUUCAUGGAAGAAACAAAUCUCGAGACCAAAAGAGUGGACCCCACGAGUUACUUUAGUGGGGACACGAGUUGCGAGACAACAACGGUUUGCAACGGGGAUGGGCCGGAAAAAGUGAGCAUGAAAUCGAGUUCUCUGGAUCUUCUUUCGAAUGGAGAGCAAGAGGAAACAAGUCCUCAAAUUCUCGAAAAACGUGACGAGGGUAAUUUGGGAAAUGAGAAAAAAGAUAAUCUUGUGGAGGAGACUACUACAUCGAACACAGGUGAAUUGGGUGAUGAAGAGAAUGUGUCGAAUCGGGUGAUUAUUUGUGAGGUGGAUACGCAAACGCAACCGCAACCGCAACCGAGAGCCGUUGAGUCUGAACCGGUUAAGCUGGUUGUGGACCAGGAGGCUGAGAAGGGUGCACCGGUGGCUGAACCAGAACCAUCGUCUGAAUGGCUGAACCCGACUCAACAAAGGGCUGAUGCGUUAGAGUCUUUGCUUGAGUUAUGUGCAAGGUUGCUAAAACAAGAGAAACUUGAAGAGCUUGCUGCUGUUUUGAAACCGUUUGGGGAAGAAACGGUUUCUUCAAGGGAAACAGCGAUUUGGUUGACUAAAAGUCUCAUGGGUGCACAGAAAUUUGCGGGUGGUGGAUCUUGAAAUCUUGGAUUCGUGUUGAGAUUAUUGACUUUUUUUUUUUGGAUAGUUUGAUAGAGUUAAGUGUGUAUCUAUGAGUAUGAAUGGUUUUGGGAGUUUAAAAGAGGAUUUGAGUAACUUUGUCCUUUGAAAUGUGUGGGGGGUGGUAUUUGUUGGUGUAAAUACGUUGACUAUCUCCCACACUUUAAGCAUACAAAGGGCUAAAAAAUUUAACUUUUUGUGUUUGUGUGUUUGGUUGUUGGUGUGGGAUCUUUCUUAUAUGGGUGUUGUAAGGUUGUUUAUGAAGCCAAGUUUCAUUUUUUUGUUUACGAAUAUUAUGUUUAUAGGGUACUUUUACAUUAUCUUGGAAUUUUUGUUGGUGAUUUUUGGUAGAUA